AGAAGGCGGGACUUCCGGGAGGCGCGUCCAGUUUCGAGCCGACGUCGCCGCCUCAGGGGGGAGAUCUCGAGUUGUCCAUACGGGACGUGAGCCGUCAUCGCGGCUAUGGCCACGGCCACUACGGCCACCACGGCCACGGCCGAACCCACGACUUUUGGACAAGCGGUGAUCGGGCCUCCGGGCUCGGGGAAAACCACGUACUGCCUGGGCAUGAGCACUUUCCUGGCGGGGUUGGGCCGGCGAGUAGCCGUGGUCAACCUAGACCCGGCUAACGAGGGCACGCCGUACGCAUGCGCCGUGGACAUCGGCGAACUGGUGACGCUCCCCGACGUGAUGGAGGCCCUCAAGCUGGGGCCCAACGGCGGCCUCGUGUACUGCAUGGAGUACCUGGAGGCCAACCUGGACUGGCUGCGCGACCGCCUGGCGCCGCUCCGCGGCCACUACCUGCUCUUCGACUGCCCGGGCCAGGUGGAACUGUGCACGCACCACGGCGCCUUGCGCAGCGUCUUCGCGCAGCUGGCCCGCUGGGGCUUCCGGCUGACUGCUGCCCACCUAGUGGAUUCUCACUACUGUACAGAUCCGGCCAAAUUCAUCUCUGUGCUGUGUACUUCCCUGUCCACCAUGCUGCAUGUAGAACUGCCCCAUGUCAACAUCCUCUCCAAGAUGGACCUCAUUGAACAGUUUGGGAAGCUAGCCUUCAAUCUCGACUACUACACUGAAGUUCUGGACCUCUCCUAUCUGCUCGACCACCUGGCCUCAGACCCCUUCUUCCGUCAUUACCGACAGCUCAAUGAGAAGCUGGUGCAGCUGAUUGAAGACUACAGCCUGGUCUCUUUCAUCCCUCUCAAUAUCCAGGACAAGGAAAGUGUCCAGCGGGUGCUGCAGGCAGUGGACAAAGCCAACGGCUACUGCUUUGGGGUGGCUGAGCAGCGCAGUCUGGAGGCCAUGAUGUCUGCGGCAGUGGGAGCUGACUUCCAUUUUACCUCCACGCUGGGAAUCCAGGAGAAGUACCUUCAGUCACCAGAAGAGGAGGCAGAGGAACAAGAGGACAUGCACUUGUAGGGGUGAAAGCAGAGGCACCCCUGGAUCCAGAAGAGGAGGGCUCUUGGCAGGCCAGCCCUGAGCGGGGCCAGGAUCGAGGUAGCCGAGAUGUCGACCCGGGAAUCAUUGUAACCCGGUGGAGCACUCGGGAGCCUCAGAAGGGAUGCCCCAAGAUGGGCAUAGGUGGGCACGGACCUCGGCAAUGAACUGGCCUCAACUUGGCUCUUGGGAUUUAGACCCUGUUGGGGGGAACAGAGAACCCAGACCCCACCGGUGGGGUAGGGUCCCUUGCCAUGAAAGUUCCUUUAAUUAACACAUGAUUUGGCAAUC